AUGUGGCAGCUGGGGUUCCCCUGGGCUCUGGCCCUGCUGCUCACCGCGGCCGGCUCCGGCGCCUCGGCCGAGCCCGCGGAGCCCGCGGAGCCCGCGUCCAUCUUCGCCGACCUGUCCCCGGCGGAGCUGCGCGCCGUGCGGGCCUUCCUGAUGGAGCGGCCGGAGCUGGGGCUGUCCCCGAGCCGGGGGGGGCCCCUGGCCAAGAACUCGCUGUUCCUGGUGGAGCUGCUGCCGCCCAAGAAGCGCUCGGCGCUGCGGUUCCUGGAGCACGGCGGGCCGCGCCCGCGCCGCGAGGCUCGGGCCGUCAUCUUCUUCGGGGCGCAGGCGGAGCCCAACGUCACCGAGCUGGCCGUGGGGCCGCUGCCGCGCCCCAGCUCCUACCGCGCCCUGCCCUUCCAGGGCGGCCGGACCGUGCCCUUCUGGGCGCGCCCCAUGACCCGGCUGGAGUACGAGCUGCUGCACGAGGCGCUGGUGGCCGCCCUGGCCCCGCUGGAGCCGCUGCUGCGCGAAGCCACCGGCUUCGGCUUCCAGAACUGCUCGGAGCGCUGCCUGACCUUCUCGGACAUCGCCCCGCGCGGGCUGGGCCCCGGCGAGCGCCGCACGUGGCUGGUGAUCCAGCGCUUCGUGGAGGGCUUCUUCCUGCACCCCGCGGGCCUGGAGGUGCUGCUGGACCACCGGGACCGCGACCCGCGGCGCUGGGCCGUGCUGCGCCUCUGGUACAACGGGCGCUACUUCGGCAGCGUGCGGGAGCUGGCCGAGAGCCACGCGCGGGGCGCGCUGCCCCUGGCCCGCCUGCCCGAGCCCCCCGCCCGCCAGCUCUUCUCCAGCUACGAGCCCCGCGGGCGCUUCUCCAGCGGGACGCCCACCGAGGUGCACGGCGCCAAGGUGUGCGAGCCGCAGGGCCGGCGCUACCGGCUGCGCGGGAACCGGCUGGAGUACGGCGGCUGGAGCCUGGCCUUCCGCCUGCGCUCCUCGGCCGGCCUGCAGCUCUUCGACGUGCGCUUCGGCGGCGAGCGCGUGGCCUACGAGCUGAGCGUGCAGGAGGCCAUCGCCUUCUACGGCGGCCACUCGCCGGCCGCCAUGCAGACCAAGUACAUGGACGCCGGCUGGGCCAUGGGCGCCUCCAGCUACGAGCUGGCCCGCGGCGUGGACUGCCCCGAGACCGCCGCCUUCCUGGACGCCCACCACCUCCUGGACGCCGACGGCCCCGUGCGCUUCCCCCGCGCCCUCUGCGUGUUCGAGCUGCCCACGGGCGUGCCCCUGCGCCGCCACUUCGACAGCGACUUCCAGGGCGGCUUCCACUUCUACGCGGGGCUGGAGGGGCGGGCGCUGGUGCUCAGGACCACCUCCACCGUCUACAACUACGACUACAUCUGGGACUUCCUGCUCUACCCCAACGGCGUCCUGGAGACCAAGGUCCACGCCACCGGCUACAUCCACGCCACCUUCUACACGCCCGAGGGCCGGCGCUACGGCAGCCGCGUGCACAGCCACCUCCUGGGCAACAUCCACACGCACCUGGUGCACUACAAGGUGGACCUGGAUGUCGCAGGCUCCGGGAACAGCUUCGAGACGAUGGACAUUCGCUUCGAGAACAUCUCCAACCCCUGGAGCGCGGGGGCGCGCGUGGUGCAGCCCCGGCUGCACCGGGAGCCGCGGCGGCGGGAGCGCGAGGCCGCGCUGCCGCUGGGCCGGCCCGCGCCGCGCUACCUGCUCUUCUCCAACCCGCGCCGGCGGAACCGCUGGGGCCACCGCCGCACCUUCCGCCUGCAGCUCAGCUCGCACGCCGGGCCCGUGCUGCCCCGCGGCUGGCAGGAGGAGCGCGGCGUCACCUGGGCCAGGUACCACCUGGCCGUGACACGGCGCCAUGAGAACGAGCCGAGCAGCAGCAGCAUCUACACCCAGAACAACCCCUGGGACCCCCCGGUCACCUUCGAGAGCUUCAUCCGCGACAACGAGACCAUCGAGGACCAGGACCUGGUGGCCUGGGUGACCGUGGGCUUCCUGCACGUGCCCCACGCCGAGGACAUCCCCAACACGGCCACGCCCGGCAACGCCGUCGGCUUCUUCCUGCGCCCCUUCAACUUCUUCAGCGAGGACCCGUCGGUGGCGUCACGGGCCCCGGUGAUCGUGCGGCCCCUGGACCCCCCGGCCUGCUCCCGCCUGCAGAUCCAGCGCUGGACCCCGGCCAGCCCCGGGCCCUGCGUGCACCCCGAGCCCUUCACCUACAACGGCACCUACCGCCAGGUGUGACGGGACAGGGACAGGGGACACCGGCCAACCCUGGGCCCUGUGUGCACCCCAAGCCCUUCACCUACAACGGCACCUACCGCCAGGUGUGACGGGACAGGGACAGGGGACA